AUGAAGAUGACUAAAAUGCUAAUCAAAUAUAUAACUCCUGUGAUUAUAAUUAUUGAGAUUUGGUGUCUAUUAUGGAGUAUAUUAGGCGAAGAAGCGCUUCCACCGAAUGGAUCACUCUUUCAAUUAUUAUUUCUAUUUGUAAUGUCAUAUAUUUGCGGACAAAUCGUAGCAUUCAUUCAUUUACCACAACUGUUGGGAAUGUUAUUCAUUGGCUUCACAUUUGCUAAUAUAUUUGAACUAAACCUAAACCACAAAUUAUCGUCAAUAAUAAGAUCCAUAGCUGUUGUGAUUAUUUUGUUGAGGGCUGGACUCGGUUUGGAUAUUAAAAUGAUCAAAAAGUUAAGCGCCGUUUGUUUGCGACUAUCGCUCAUCCCAUGCGUUGUGGAAGCGAUCACUUUCUCGAUCUUUGCGUAUCUAUUAAUCGGAUUUCCCUACAAAUGGGCACUACUUUUGGGUUUUAUACUAUCGGGCGUUUCGUCGGCGAUAGUUAUUCCCCAAAUGAUAUCACUUGAGGCCAAACAUUUAGGUACAGACAAAGGCAUUCCUACACUACUGAUGGCAUCGGCCAGUGUUGACAACGUUAUGGCGAUCACUGGUUUCAGUAUGUGUUUAGGAUUAGUGUUUGAUAUAAACUCAUCCAUUGUCUGGAGUGUUUUGAGAGGACCCGUCAGUGUCCUCACAGGUGUUGUAUUGGGAACACUGUUUGGAGUGAUUUUAUGGUAUAUUCCCGACAAAUACAAUGACUAUAAACUGCCACAAAAUGGUUCACAUUUUCCAAGACUUGUUCUCCUAUUACUGACGGCAAUGUUAUUAGUAUUUGUGAGCAAAUCACUCAACUUCGACGGCACCGGACCUCUCGGUUGUGUAAUAUUAGGAUUUGUGGCGUCAAUAAAGUGGCGAAACACUCACUUCUAUGAACCGAUUCGCGAGAAUUUAAAGUUUCUUUGGAUAAUAUUUGAGACAUUUUUGUUUGUAUUAAUCGGAACUGAAGUCAAGAUAUCAGACCUAAAGGGAGAAUCCAUUGGUUUCGCAAUUAUGUGUCUAUUAAUUGGACUAAUAUUUCGGUCAAUUGUUUCGGCAAUAGUUGUCUAUGGAGUUGACCUCAAAACCAAAGAAAAGCUAUUCAUAGCCCUGUCGUGGAUACCAAAAGCCACG